CAGUCAACAAGAACAGUCAACAACAACAACCAACAACUGGAAGAAUGGAUAUCGAAGAACGAGAAUCAAAGGAAAGAGAACAAGAACGAGAAAGAGAAAGAGAAAGAGAUCCAUUCAGGAACUUCGACGAAUCAAGAUCAUCAUCAACCAUCACUCAACUCAACCUAGAACAACAAUCAACACUACUAGAACAAUCUCAAUCAAUCCUAUCAAUACUCACCAGACCAACUACUACCACCAACAACAACCACUCAGACUCAUUCAAUCAAUCAGCAUCAUCAUCACAAAACUCACAAUCAAAUCAUCCACUCCAUCAGAUUCAGGAUGGAGGACCACCUCAGAGUAUCAUGAUCGAUAUCGACUAUCAACAACAAUCAAAUUCAAAAUCAAAAUCAACAGCCCAAAACCAGCAAACAACCGAUGAUCAAGGCUACCAAACCGAGAACUCAUCAUCACCAACACCAUCACUCACCAGGCAUCAAGAACAAGAACAAGAACAAUCAGACCAACCUCAUCAAUCCAUCCUACAUGACCAUCGACCACCUAGCUCACUACUACUACCACCCAACCAUCAUCAUCAUCAAUACCCUAGGAGUAACCUAGAAGAAGAAGAAGAAUCAAACAACCAAGCAACACCCUUCCGAUCUGGACUACUCUCCAGGCUCAAACAGAUCUGGAAUCAAGAACGUGAUCAAUACUUCUCAAACCAACAACAUCGAACCAGUCACCAACUCAACUCAUUCUCUCAUCACAAUCAAUCUGCCAGCGAUCGAGAACAGCAAGGACAACAUGAUAAUAACCUACAACAGGCUCAUCAAACACUCGGAGCAAAGGAGAUGGCACUCUGGAGAUGGGUCAACGUCGAUGAUCUCGACUCAUCCUCCAGGACGUCUAUAGCUAUUACGACAGUCGGGUUCGUCAUCGGUUUCUCCAUCUUCCUCUUCGGAUGUAUCGACUACUCCAUCUUGAGAUCUAGUCACCACUUACACGAAGUCAUCGUCCCACAAUGCGUCUCAAGAUUCUCAGGUCUUAGUUUGCUCUUGGUAUUGGCCUUCUCUGGCUACUAUUCUUGGAGAGUCUUGAAGUUCGGUCAAGAGAUUUCAAACCUUUGGAAGAUGCAUGAAUUCUUUACUGAACUGUUAGAGGUUUCAGAGGCAGAUAUACAAACGAUUCCGUGGUACCGCCUAGUUGAACAAUUGUCCCGUUUGAAAGAUCAGCAUCCAGCUACGAUAGCUACAGGAGAGAGUGAAGGACGACGACGAGCGAUGGGAACACCUCACAUGCAAUCUGUCUUACAGAGGAAGCUGGAUGCACACGACGUAGCCAAUCAGAUCAUGCGAGAACAAAACUAUCUGAUCGCGUUGUUCAACAAGGAUAUCUUGAACCUCAGGCCGCCCCUACCCAAUUGGAUGGUCGGCAACUUCCUCAUCGCUGAGAAGCAUCUCACCACUUCUCUUGAAUGGAACCUCCUCUUCUCACUCCGUGGGUUCCUCCUCGAUCGUCGCGGUCAGGUCAAGCCCGAGUUUCUUGUCUCCUCCAGAUUCGAGCCUUCCAUGGCUCUCGGUUUACAGAGACGAUUCAGAUUGAUGGCGAUUAUCAACUUGAUCUUUGGGCCAUUUAUUGUGAUCUACGUUCUUAUCUAUUCAUUCUUUCGGUACUUUGAAGAGUAUCACAAGAACCCAGCGUCGAUCGGCUCGAGAAGCUUCACCAGAUUGGCCCAAUGGAAGUUCCGAGAAUACAACGAGCUUCCUCAUCUGUUUCAGGAAAGACUGGUCAGUAGUUGUUGUCUCUCGAAGCAAUAUAUCGACCAAUUCCCGAAGACGAAGACGACGAUCCUGGCGAAGUUUGUGAGCUUCAUUGCGGGCUCGUUCGCUGGAGUCUUGAUCCUGUUAUCGCUGUACGACCCAGAUGCAUUCUUACACUUUGAAAUCACGCCGGAGCGGAGUGUGUUAUUCUACAUCGGUUUGUUUGGCUCGAUCCUGGCGAUCUCCCGAGGAAUGAUUAAACAGGAGUACGAGGAGAAGAUCGAGCGACCGGGAGAUCUGAUGGAACGGAUCGUCGGCCUAACCCACUAUCUACCUUCUCAUUGGUAUGGCAAACUACAUGGACUCGAUGUCUAUAACGACUUCGGCAGCUCUCAGCUCAGAAUC